AUGAAACUGGCUGCGGUUUGUAGAUUGAUCAGUGCCCGUCAUAAUCUUCGUAGAAUAACAAGGCCUUUGCAAUAUCGUUCAUUUCAACCUGAUUUUGUUCCAAGGGAUCCCAAUGCCAAGCUCAAGAAAUACAAGUUCCCUGCUUUCUAUGAUCCAUAUGGACUGAGACCUCCACCAUCUGAAAAGAUUAUUCAGCUUGCAGAACAAAUUGCAUCCCUUACACCCGAAGAGCGUAGUCAAAUUGGUCCAGCCGUUAGAGACAGAGCUGAGGAUAAAAAGGCAGAGAAAACAACAUUCGAUGUCAAGUUGGAGAAAUUUGAAGCUGCUGCAAAAAUCAAGGUGAUCAAAGAAGUUCGUGCAUUUACAGAUCUGGGACUGAAGGAGGCUAAAGAGUUGGUCGAGAAAGUGCCAGUUAUACUUGAGCAACAGCUCACAAAAGACGAGGCAAAUAGUAUCAUUGAAAAAAUCAAAGCUGCUGGAGGAGUUGCUGUGAUGGAAUAG